AGGAACAUCUUGUAACACCGCUUCGAUGGCUGUCUUUUGCAAAAAUCCAAGGCUCUAAAAAGAAUUUGUGAUAUGGCUGGUAAUAAUACCGAAGAAGUUGAGGGGACUACUACUGAUAGUAAGACUAACACCCCUGCCGAGCUCCCACCAGAAUUCCUCAUCAAGCAUCCACUUCAAAAUACUUGGAGUCUGUGGUUUUAUGAUAAUGACAGAACUAAGACAUGGGAGGAGAACUUGCUUGAACUGACGACAUUUGAUACGGUGGAAGAUUUUUGGAGAUUGUACCACCAUAUUAAACUACCCUCUGAACUACGUCAGGGUCAUGAUUAUGCAGUGUUCAAGCAGGGCAUUCGGCCCAUGUGGGAAGAUGAUGCCAACAAAAUGGGUGGCCGAUGGCUUAUUAGUCUUGAGAAGAAGCAGCGUAACUCAGAUUUAGACCGAUUUUGGUUGGAAAUUAUACUUCUACUAAUAGGUGAAAAUUUUGAGCACUCUGAUGAAAUUUGUGGUGCGGUUGUGAAUGUAAGACCUAAGCUUGAUAAAAUUGGUGUAUGGACAGCAGAUACAUCGAAGCAACAAGCCAAUCUUGAGAUUGGAAGGAAAAUAAAAGAACAGCUUGGUAUCCAUGGAAAAAUUGGCUUCCAACUACACAGAGACACUAUGGUCAAACAUAGUUCCGCAACCAAGAAUCUAUAUACUGUUUAGAUUAUAAAAAUUAUGUCUAGAAUACGCAACAAUGGUUAAGAGAUGACUAAAAUGAAGCAUGUUUUAAUGUAAUAAUUUUUAGAUUAUGUACUUCUUCUGUGGACAAUUACUGUAUGAGGGGUCACAAAUUAUCCACAAUAUAUUACACAACUCACUGAAGAACAAAAUAAAAAUACAAUUAUAGUUAAAGUUGUGUAUUCUACUGAGACAGGCCAAUAUAUAGUUGUAUUCAAUACACACUAAGAGUUGUGGUCCAAGAUCAUAUAAAGACUUUGAAAUGGAUUUGUCCUUACUAUGUAAUGAAAUUUUUCAUAUAUUGAAAUAACACGAAACAUUUGAUUUAAAUAGAAAUUGGAUAUUAAAAGAAGAUAAUUGGGUUUUUAUUUCAAUAUGUUGAAGUUAUACAAAUAAGCCAUGAUAUUCAUAAAUUUAUAAAUGAAAGAAUUUUCAAAGUUGCAUUGUUUAAGUAUUUGUCUACAGAAGUACAUUGUCAUCUCCGGCCAUUGGUGCCCUGAGAUAUGUUUUAUUUAACAGAAGUAGUAUUUAUGUUAUCAUUCAUAUUUGCCUCGUAACGAGAGCUUGGUUCAACCAACAGUUAUUGACUACGAUUAACAAAAAGUCUGAUGUUUGUACUAAAGCUAUGCUCGGUUAUGUUAAAAUGGUCACCUAGUUGUAAGUCUGUAUUUACUACUUAUUAAGUAUCCGGUGAUUCAGGAAGUUGACUUCGGAAUUCUCUUUUUUUUAACAUUUUAACACUUUUGUUUAUUUAAUUUGUCACGCUUUAGUAUCCCUGUACGAUGGUAUGUCUCGCUAGUGUAACAACUCAUUGUUUGAAAUUGAUGUUUGCGCAUAUAUGUUAAAGAAUGUUUUGGUAUUUUGUAUAAAAAGUACUGAAAUAAA